CAACUCCAUAAGCUCAGUGUCGCAGCUUCACCAUCUGCAGUGAUUCUUCCCAUCACCAGCUAUGUCUGCUUCUCGACUUCUCAGGCCGACUUCAAGGCUGUUGUCACAAGUCAGGUCCUCUCCCAAGUUCGUUAUUCCUGUAUUCAACAACGUCACGCCUCUUUCGCUCCCUAAGAUACGCGGUUAUGCCUCCGAAUCGAAGCAGACAUUCACCGUUCGAGAUGCUCUCAACGAAGCUCUGGCGGAAGAGCUCGAACUGGAUGACAAGGUCUUCCUACUAGGCGAAGAGGUGGCUCAAUAUAACGGUGCCUACAAAGUCUCGAAAGGAUUAUUGGAUCGGUUUGGACCUAAGAGAGUGAUCGAUACACCCAUUACAGAGUCCGGAUUUUGUGGUUUGGCUGUCGGCGCAGCUUUGGCAGGUCUGCACCCGGUUUGCGAGUUCAUGACUUUCAACUUCGCUAUGCAAGCCAUCGACCAGAUCAUCAAUUCCGGGGCCAAGACUCAUUACAUGUCCGGUGGCAUUCAGCCUUGUCCCAUUGUUUUCCGAGGUCCCAACGGUUUCGCUGCCGGUGUCGCCGCCCAGCAUUCGCAAGACUUCACUGCCUGGUAUGGCAGCAUUCCAGGUUUGAAAGUAGUUGCGCCGUGGUCUGCGGAGGAUGCGAAGGGUCUAUUGAAGGCUGCGAUCAGGGAUCCCAAUCCAGUGGUGGUUCUGGAAAACGAGCUCCUUUACGGCCAAGCAUUCCCCAUGAGCGCCGAAGCACAAAAGAACGACUUCGUGCUCCCCUUUGGCAAAGCAAAGAUUGAGCGACCUGGCAAGGACCUGACCAUUGUCACUCUCUCGCGAUGCGUCGGCCAAUCGCUGGAGGCAGCUGAGCAACUCAAGAAGAACUAUGGUGUGGACGCAGAGGUUAUCAACCUGAGGUCAAUCAAGCCCAUGGAUGUCGAGGCCAUCAUUAAAUCGGUCAAGAAGACCGGUGCUCUCAUGGCCGUCGAGUCAGGGUAUCCGGCCUUCGGAGUGGGUGCUGAGAUUUUGGCAUUGGCUGUCGAAUUUGGCUUUGACUAUCUGCAAGCACCUCCCGUGCGUGUAACUGGUGCCGAGGUGCCUACGCCAUACGCACAGAAACUGGAAGAAAUGAGUUUCCCCCAAAUCGACACCAUCGUCAACUACGCCGCCAAGCUUUUGAGGGUGUAACUGGGCAAACCAUUUCUCGGCUCCAAAAAGCAGAAUUCUGGACGUGUGUAUUAGCGAAAGCGUUUCUUCGACUUCGGGUGGUCUAGGUCUGGGAUGGGUUGCCGUUGGUGGCUGCCACAUGGUGGCCAGGAAUUGUUAUAAUUUCAGCUUCAACUAGUCCAUGUAUUGCACGAACAGGUGGCAUGACACGAAGACCCAUCAGAUGCAUGUGUUCAUCAUCCCCAAAGACUUUGCCUGUGCAAUUCCACAAGUACCACAAGCACCUAACCAGUACCCCCC